AUGUUUGAUGAAAUAUUAGUAAGCGUCGAUACCAACCAAUGGUCCUGCCAAUUUUGUACGUACACUAAUCCGUUAUCAGUGUUUCCUAAGUGUAAAUUAUGUGACCAACAGCUUUCUCAAUCAACUACUGGUAACUUAAUUAAUAGUUCAACGAUGAAUGCAAAUGAAUCAUCAACAACAUCGAUGUCACUUCAGGUUCUCGAUCGACGACAAAACGAUGAAAACAAUGCUCAAAAAACCUUUCAGAAUAUCAAAUCCUAUUGUCGACAAGCAAAAACUCAUUUCGUCGAUGAUCAAUUUCUUCCAUCACCUCGUUCGGUUGGAAAUAUUGAUGGCACAUUUGAAUGGUUCAGAAUUUCUGAAAUAGCUUCAUCAUCAAGUGACAAUCGUUUUAAUUGGACUGUUUAUUCAUCGCCAAAGUCAAGUGAUAUUCAACAGGGUAUACUUGGUGAUUGUUGGCUGAUGGCUGCCUUAGCUUUAGUCACUGAAAGACCGAAAAUGCUUGAACAUAUUAUAUUAACAAAAGAAGUCAAUCAAGAAGGUGUUUAUCUCAUACGAUUAUGUCAUAAUGGUUUAUGGAAAACAAUUGUUGUUGAUGAUUGUUUUCCUUGUACGGAACAUAAACAACUAGCGUUUUCAAAAUCAAAUCAGCGGCAAUUGUAUGUUCCAUUGAUUGAAAAAGCCUGUGCAAAAUUGUUCGGUUCAUAUUCAGCUUUAACUGCUGGACAGACAGAAGAGGGUCUACACAUACUAACAGGUGCUCCAUGCGUUCGAAUUAAUUUAAAUUCAGAGACUGAUAUACUUGAUCAAGAUAUUAUUUGGGCAAAACUUUUAUCGGCUUCUGAAGCGGGUUUGCUAAUCGGCGCAACAACUGGUUGUGCCGAUGUGAGUGAAGAAGACUAUAAACGUGCAAAUAUUCAUAGUUGCCAUGCAUUUUCUAUACUUGCUGCAUGCUUCCUAUCACAGAUAUCUAUGCAGUUCGUACUGGUUCGAGAUCCGCAUGCUCAAACAAAUUAUAACGAAGAAUUCAUAACAUCAUCUAUUCGUGAUCGAUUAAAUUCGACUCUUUCAUUUGGUUUACCAUCCGGUGCCUUUUGGAUUUCUUGGCCUGUAUUUCUUAAGUUCUUCAGUUCUAUUACCAUAUCAUCAUAUGCUAGUGAUAAUUACGACGUGCGAGAAGUGGCCAAAUUUACUCAAUCAUCAGCAAAACCAAUUCCAUCAUUUCAUUUUCAUGUGUCCAAAACAUCAAAUUUUGAUAUUAGUCUUAUCUACCAUCGUAAAAAUCGUGGAUCAACUCUUACGCAUACACAAUCAUUUAUUUUAUGUGAUGUUGAAUAUGGAUUAGAUAGAGAUAUCGGUAAAUCUGUUGCUAUAUUGAAAUCACACUAUGGAGCAUUCACACAUUGGACAGGCUCAUUAAGUCCUGGUUUCUAUGUGCUUGUACCAUUUUCUACUGGUUUUUGGAAUGAAAAAUAUUAUGACACUGAACGACAUUACACACUUGUCAUGCAUUCAAAAAUUCCAAUAGAUAUACAAGUUACUAAUGAACCAGCAACUCUUCUAGCUGAUUGUUUAAUUGCAGCUGUGUCAAAAGAAAACAUUAAUAAAACUACAGAUGCAGAUUUUAAUUAUUAUACAGCACCAAAAAAAUGUCAUUUUUCCAUGUUCAUCGCAGAAAAUUCAUCGUUCACUAAUUAUUUAAAUCUAGAUAUCGAUAUGACUGAUUCAACGUGUAUUUCUAGUUCUCGUCAAUCGUUUAUAACACACGAUUGUAUUCCACCACGUCAUAGGCAAAUCAUAUUUCUUACUGAAUGGACUCAUGAGCGAAAUCAACCAGGACGAAUGUCCUAUCUGUAUCAAUCAUCAUUUGUAACAAACUCAAAUCAUUCAGUACCAGAAAUUAAUAUAUCGGAAAAUGAUUUUCAUUCGUUUCGUAGUUUUUAA